AUGUCCAUCGAGACUGGAAGUACUACUAAAGCUCACGGCCCUGAUGAGUAUGAGGAUAGACUAGCAAUCACGUCUAUAACCACUACUCGUUCACCGCAGUAUGAAUGUAUCAGCCAGUCAGAUAUUGGGAAGAUACGGAUAGCAAGCACCAGCCACAGUGCCUUUAGAUCAAGCUCCGAGGAAGAGGGUUAUGAGCCUCCAAAAUCUGUUAUACACGCUCCUCCUGGUUUCAAUGAGUUUAGGUUCUCUGAGAAUCCAACGUCUCCACCGCUGUUAACUACCACGACUGAAGUUACGAAAGACUGGUCGGAGCGAGUAACCCCUCGAGAUCAAAUAAUGCAAGGAUUCGAUGAGAUCGACGAAAAUACUGAUAUUAUGUCAUUAGGUAUAAUAGAGGGGACUGAUCCUGAGAGGAUCAGUCAGGAGGUGAAUGAGAUUCCGGGUGCGUUCAACUUGGCUAAGGAUUAUCUCUCUGAUGGAGAGGUAGAACUAAAAGCUUUGAAGGUCGCCUUGGCUGAAUGCUGGUCCCUGUGCCAUACUUUGGCCAAUCUGAGCUUUAUCUACCGUCAACGCUCCAAUUUCGCGGCUGGCAUGGACGAGGCCUGGAAGUCAUGCUGGCGGCUAUGUCAGGAAUUAUAUGCCUGUCAUAACGAAGACAACAUGCAUCAAACCAACCCUACGCUUUAUCUUUGCCGGAACUUCUGUCAAACUCUGUUCGACGGUCGAAUUCGCGAGAACGAGCUAACGGAUUCAGUCCUCCGCGUCAGUUUCGAACUAAAUAAUCAUUUUGCGUGCUGGUCACUAGCGGAGGUGCUAUUCAGCAUGCGCCAGAGCAAAAAGGAAGGAAGGCGUCUAGGCGAGGAAUUACUCGGCUCAGCGGUUCAGGCUUGCUGGGAGCUUUGUGAUAUCUUUCGAGAAGGAUGUACACAACUAAGCUUUCGCAAAUCCGAACGUGGAACACCGCGGCCAAGUCAAGCGGUAUACCCAAAAACUAUGAAGCGGACCAGCCAAUCUGAGCCGAAUCUUGGUAGCAAGUUGUCUGAACAGGAACAGAAUCUCGAAACUCCAACAACUAUUUUCGAAGACACAGUUACCGUGUCUCCUGAAGAAGGGCCAAUUCCGAAUAUAUUUGUUCUAGGUCAGGGGUCGACAUAUAGCUCGCAGAUAAAAUGGUACCCCAAUUCAUCUAGUGUAUCGGCGCAAACGAGCUCUUCUGAGAAGACGUCCUCGACAAACACAGUAAUGACCUUGUCUACUGAUCCAAAUCUAUCGAGUCUCAGGAUCCUAGUAACAAAGGCUGCGAUGAAUAGUGGGUCCCAGCGCAACGGACCACAGGGUCUGCCAUCCUUUGUCAAGUCACUUUCAUCGGAUGCAUUUGGCCCGUUGCCUUGGCAAAUUUCCUUACUAAGAAACUACAAAGCACUUAUUGCAUUCGACCCUGUGUUCCGGCAUGCUGAUCCGCAGGCCCAGGCAAGCGUGGUGGAUAUAUCAAGAGCUGUCCAAGCAAUGGUGCAGAGCGGCCAAUUACUUUGGUUAAGCGACCUCUAUCGCCUCGUGUUUGGGUUCCACGUAGAAGAAGCAGUAAAUCGGACAGGCACAGUACUCGGAACGUAA